GUUUAAAACGUGCUAAUUUAAAUUAAGAACCUCAUUCAUCGAUCGUCAACUGUCAAGCGUUGAUCAAAGACUCUGUUAUAAUAACUUAAACAUCAGUAAUGGUGAAUCUACCUACACAUACAGCUAGCGAGAGCUACAGACAUAACUACAGGCCUAGAAGCCACCACUUGUGGGGGUCCCGGUAUGGGAAGGAACUGCAGAUGGCUCGGCAGAAGAAGGAACCAGCUUGUCUGAUAGAACUUGAGGACCUGGCUUCAAGAGCAGCUUCACAGAUGGACAAGUGGGGCUCUUCGCCCAAUCACAAGGAUAUCGCUACACGACUACUGAGACAGCAAUACAAUAUGGAGUUUAAAAUUAAAUGUCACAACUGCAGUGGAACCCACGAUCAAGAUGAAAUCUAUGCCCCUGAGAGAUGAAAGAAAGCAAAUGUAUCUUAUUAAGUACCUAUUAUACAGGGUAGAGUUUAUUAUGAGACUAAAAAUUGCAUGUAAGGCCAAAGUUUUUUAGAAGAUACUUUUUUCAUAUUUAUAAUAGAUUUAGAAAUGGUGUUAUAGUUUUAGUUGUUUGAUCAUAGUAAACUUGUUAUUUAAUAUCACAUGAUUAAUAUAUUUCGUAAUAAAUA